AUGGAUGCCCGUGGGGUCGUGGAGACACGACCACUGGCACCCGCAGAGCUGGCUGUCGCGCCGGGAGCUUCUGUCGACGUCGGCAGGGUAUGUAAGGUGCUGCCACCUGCGCUGAGGGGUGUGGUGCUGCUGAAUCCGAGACCUAGUGGUGUCGAGCUGCGCGGAAUUGGUUCGCUGCGUGGAGUUGGUUCGCUGAUGCCGCCAGGUCGAGCGCUGGAGCUGGCACUGGCACUGGAGCUCAGAGCGGCUGGGCUCGAAGAUGGUCUGAUCGAGGAUGGUCUGGCCGACGAGGAAAUACCGACCGUGGUUGGACUUUCGCUGACCCCACCACUGCUGUGA